CAAGUAGGGACUAGAGGGCCUUGCAGACGGCUCUUGGGCAUAUGGCGUGGCGCCUUUGCUCUUUGGACUCAUACACCUGAUACCAGCACGCGCGGAUCACAUCAACUGUCGCUGCUCCGAACCUGAGCUACUCGUCAACACUUGCAUUUCGGCCCUCGCCUCAACCCGUAGUGACCAGCCCCGUGAGCCCCACGCCACUCCGCUUUUACACAGUCCGCAACGCGGACGCUCAGCACUCGCAAUGGCUGGAGAGAGCUCCAAGAAGGCCGCCGCUGCCGGCAAGGCUGCCAUUCCGCUCGACAUUGACGGCCACAACCUGCCGCCUUCGCCAGCGCCCAGCUCGCCCCGCAAUGGCAGGAAGUAUGCCCUCAUGACGGAGCUGGUGUACACCGAGAGCAGCGACCAGUACAAUGCCAGCUCCGUUCCCAUCUACCAGACUGCCACCUUCAAGCAGGAGUCUGGGAGCGGCGGCGGCGAGUAUGACUACACACGCUCGGGCAAUCCCACGCGGACACACCUCGAGAGACAUCUUGCCAAGAUCAUGAACGCGAACCGCGCACUCGUCGUGUCGUCGGGCAUGGGCGCGCUGGACGUCAUCACGCGUCUCCUGCGACCCGGUGACGAAGUAAUCACUGGCGACGACCUGUACGGCGGAACAAACAGACUGCUCAAGUAUCUCUCGACACACGGCGGCAUCAUAGUACAUCACGUCGACACGACGAACCCCGAAAAGGUGCGCGAAGUCGUCAACAACAAGACGGCCAUGGUGCUCCUGGAAACGCCGACGAACCCUUUGAUCAAGAUCUGCGAUAUUCCCGCCAUCGCCAGCAUCGCCCACGCCGCAAACCCCACGGCCAUUGUUGCAGUAGACAACACCAUGAUGUCGCCCAUGCUGUUGAACCCGCUCGACCUCGGCUCCGAUAUCGUCUACGAGUCGGGCACCAAGUACCUCUCCGGCCACCACGACCUCAUGGCUGGUGUCAUCGCCGUCAAUGACUCUGCGCUGGGCGACCGCCUCUUCUUUACCAUCAAUGCUUCCGGAUGUGGACUCUCGCCCUUUGACUCGUGGUUGCUGCUUCGCGGUAUCAAGACUCUCGGCGUGCGUAUGGAGAAGCAACAGGCAAAUGCCAUGCGCAUCGCUACCUUCCUUGAAUCGCACGGCUUCAAAGUCCGCUACCCCGGUCUCAAGUCGCACCCGCAGUACGACUUGCAUUGGAGCAUGGCACGUGGCGCUGGCGCCGUGCUAUCGUUUGAGACGGGUGAUGUCACCAUUAGUGAACGCAUUGUGGAGAGUGCGAGGCUCUGGGGCAUUAGUGUGAGCUUUGGAUGUGUGAAUUCGCUCAUCAGCAUGCCCUGCCGCAUGAGCCAUGCGAGCAUUGACGAGAAGACAAGGAAGGAGAGGAACAUGCCCGAGGACAUUAUCCGCCUGUGUGUUGGUAUUGAAGAUGCGGAGGAUUUGGUGGAUGACCUAAGCCGUGCUUUGGUACAAGCAGGGGCCGUCAACAUCACAACCGAAGGCUUCCGUGCCCUGGGCACAGAGGCGCCUGCUGCUGACGAGCCUACGGAAGCUGUUUCUGCUCCGGCGGAGUCCUGAGUCAAAAAGCUCCAAGUCACCGCUGUCCUGCUCUGCCACGGCAGGUUAACGUGAUAUCUUUUUUUUCUAUAUUAGUCGGGGAAAAGGUUCGCUUCAUAACUCUCUCUGACCCAGUCACCUCUGUCACCGCCUCUUGCUCAGAGGGCGGUGUUAACGUGAUACUUGUCUGCUUGGUUUAGCAUGGCCGGCACAAGGUGGACAUGCUUGUGCGGAUGCAAAGGUUGUCUUGCCAUUGAAUCAAAAUAUUCAUUCCGAGUGGUGUAAUUAUGCUUGGUGAAGAUGGC